AUGGUGAUUUUCAGCCCAGAAGAGCAGACACAGCGAAAGAAUCUUUGGAGGUCAAUAUUUGUCCUUGAUCGACUACUCUCUUGUUCGUUGGGUCGACCUACAGCCAUCCUCGAAGACGACUGUUCAGGUGAUACACUUCAGCCUUCCGAACCGCGACUGGAACAACCGUUCACGAUCAACCCCGCGCCGGGCUUCAACGAGACUGGGCCAUGUGCGUUGGAGGCUACCGUGCGAAGCUGUUCCGUCAUUGGUGUGAUUCUCCGCAAAGUCUACCAGCAGCGCAAGAUCAGCACACGGCUGGCACAGGAAAUCGCAGAUAUCUGCAAGUCAUGGCCGCGCGCACUUCCUUCCAUUCUGCAUUGGCGACAGGCAGCCAAUGCAUCGCCAAGUCAGGGCGUGGCCAUUCUUCACGUCAACUUGUUCUAUUGCCAUUCCAUCAUCCUGUUGACACGGCCGUUCUUCCUCUACAUUUUGAAUCUGGAGACGCAACGGCAUGUCAACCAAAACCAGCCUGGACCACGAGGACCCAGACCGUAUUUACGCAUGGAGAAGUUUAGCGAAGCCUGUGUGAUCGCCUCGACUCACACGAUCCUCUUGGUGCAAAACGCUUUCGAUGCUGGCUAUCUGUCGAGACGUAACCCUGCUGUCAUCUACUUCCUCUUCGCUGCGACCUUGGUCAUCCUUGCCAACGAAUUCGCGGGGCUCUAUCGGGUAGAUGCUUCGGACACUUGCAUCACCAAUGCAGUCAACAUCAUGAGCUACUGCGCCGAGAGCGACCAACAAGCCAGCCGCCUUGUCUACAUCCUCAUCACAUUUCGCGAUGUCGUGGCGGAGCAACGCAUGCGUCGCAAGCAAAGCCAAGGCGGAAACACCAACCUACCCAGCAUCUCGUCGCACCUGUACGGCGUAGCAGCCCCCGUACAGCCACUCGCCCAACAGCCCAACGCAGGCCUGGCCAGCUCGACAGACCCCAUCAACGGAACCACUCGUCUGCACCAAGUUCCCAUCCACAUCUAUCCAGGCAUGCAAACCGCGCCCCUCGACGCCUCACCGCCUGCCUUCCAACCAGCACCACCAGCACCACCACCACCUCCUCCUCCUCCACAUCUCGCGCACGCGCACUCUCACUCGCAUGCAAACUUGGCUCAGCUCUCGCCCCCGCAAAGCGACUUCUCCGUGCACCUCUCGCCCAUCCAAGACUUUCCCAACUCGGCGCCGGGAUCGGACAGCUACCACGUAGGCACCAACGCGCUGAAGACGCCGUCGCAGGCGCCCAGUCUAAGCACGAUGCUGGAUCUGAGCGCGCUGGACAAUACGCGGGUGCCGAGCCUGCACAGUGAGGAGAGCGGGCUGGACGAGCACAUCGACUUUGAUGCGCUGUGGGCGUGGCCGAGCACGACGCCGGGGAUGGGGAGUCCGCAGCCGGGCGGUGGAGAGGCGGGCGGGAGCGCGAGUGUAGUGAAUGGAGGUCCGCUUGGUGGUGGAGGGGAAGGGGCGCCGGUGCCGCUGUUUGGGAUCAGCCAUGAGGGGCCUGGGGAGAGGGAGCAGUAG